UUAUUGGUUUCGUUCGCUGUCAUACCGCAGUGUAUGUGUGAUGGUGGAAGUGGACGUGAAAAAAUAAAACACACAAAAUUCCAUAAAAAAUAAUAUUUGAGUGAGGUAAUAUUCGAAUCAGAAAAAGGACACGAAAUGUUGCCCACCUAUGCACGCAUCAAUAGUUCGAAUAGCGGAUCCGCGGUUCGUAGAUCCUUCCGGACGAGAGAAAAAUGUUUAAUUAUUUUAGUGUUCUUAACGCUCGGUUUUGUGUGUUUCGGGGGUUUUUUCUAUUUACCUGACAACUUUGGCACCGAUCGGGUACUGAAAGUGUAUAAACAGUUCCAGAAAGCCGGACCGGAAAUUUUUAUUCCAGCUCCGCCACCAGCUCGCAGUGACGACACUGCACACUUUGCCGAUCGAGCGAAGUUAAAUGCUAAAAUCCAAGAAGAACUGAACGACUUCUUGGAGAAACCAGACACUGGAAAAAGUUCCAGUACACAAGAGGAUGCUCCGCUGAUGAACCCACCGUCGCCGGAAAACACUUUCAGAGAAUCAUCGUCGUCGCCAAUGUUGUCGCUGCUGAAUGGCGAGGAUGCCAAUUCAGAUGUUCGCGAAAAACGGGAUAAAGUGAAAGAGAUGAUGAAACAUGCCUGGGAAUACUACAAACUGUACGCUUGGGGUAAGAAUGAACUGAGACCAAUCAGCAAGCGACCGCACACCGGUAGCAUUUUUGGAACAUCAGAUCUGGGAGCUACAAUUGUUGACGGCUUGGAUACAUUGUAUCUGAUGAAUUUAACCAAAGAGUUUAACGAAGGCAAAGAUUGGAUUGCACGACGAUUCACAUUAGAUAACGUAUCUGCUGAUUUAUCUGUCUUUGAGACAAAUAUUCGAUACGUUGGUGGAUUAUUAGCCUGUUACGCAUUCACCGGUGACCCGAUGUUCAAAGAAAAGGCUCAAUAUGUUGCUGAUAAACUACUUCCAGCGUUUCAAACGCCCACGGGCAUUCCGAAUGCUUUAGUAAAUUUGAAAACUGGGGCAAGCAAAAAUUAUGGUUGGGCCAGUGGCGGUAGCAGUAUAUUGUCGGAAUUCGGAACUCUUCACUUAGAGUUCGCUUAUUUGAGUGACAUCACCGGCAAUCCCGUGUACCGCGAACGUGUACAGAACAUUCGACAAAUCUUAAAGGACAUUGAAAAGCCGAAGGGACUCUAUCCAAACUAUCUGAAUCCCAAAACGGGUAAAUGGGGACAACAACAUAUGUCGCUGGGUGCACUUGGCGAUAGUUUCUACGAAUAUCUGCUUAAAUCGUGGUUACAAUCGGGUCAGACCGAUGAUGAGGCGAAAGAAAUGUACGACGAAGCCAUGACUGCCAUUUUGAAGCAUAUGAUUGUAACGUCUCCGGGUGGUUUGAUUUAUACGUCGGACAUGAAAUUCGACCGAUUAGAACAUAAAAUGGAUCAUUUGGCCUGUUUCUCAGGUGGUCUGUUCGCUCUUGGUGCGCAGACUUUGCAAAAUGAAAAUUCAAAGCGCUACAUGGAAGUGGGCGCUGGUAUUACGAAUACGUGCCACGAAAGUUACAUCCGAACUCCAACUCAUUUAGGUCCGGAAGCGUUCAGAUUUUCGGAUGGUACCGAAGCCAAAGCACUGAAAGCUCAAGAAAAGUACUACAUUCUUCGGCCGGAAACCUUCGAAAGCUACUUCGUUCUGUGGCGUUUGACACACGACCAAAAGUAUCGUGAUUGGGGCUGGGACGCCGUACAGGCGCUGGAAAAACAUUGUCGGACACCAACUGGUUAUUGUGGCCUUAAAAAUGUGUACCUGGAGGAACCGCAGAAAGACGAUGUUCAACAGAGUUUCUUCUUGGCAGAAACAUUAAAGUAUUUAUAUCUACUAUUUUCGGACGAUUCCUUGCUGCCGUUGGAUGAAUGGGUAUUUAAUACGGAAGCACAUCCGCUUCCCAUACAUGGUGCGAAUGCACUCUAUCGUAUGGCUCCCGUUCCAGCCAACUUACAAUGAAUGUAGAGAGACAUUUUCUUCAUUCGAAAAGACUUAAAUGUAGAAAAUUAAAAUUGUGAUUCAGCGAGGGAGGAGGGGAAGGAGGAGUGAACAUCGGCUUUUCUGUUUUGUAGAUAAAUUUUUCAAUUUUUUUUUUUUAUAAUUUUCAUUUUUCUUUAAUAAGCGUCGUCGGAGAUCCAUGUUAAUAUAUUUAGACUUGGUAUAGUACAAUUUUGGUGUAUCUCUGCUGGAUGGAUGUGUUGGUUUUUAUUUUGUAAUGGUGUGUGUUUGGUUUGCUGAUUGUUUUUUCGAUUUAAACUAACGAUUAUAGGCAGUCAUUGAUGUAUGCGUGAAGAUGUGUGUGAUUUUAAAAUGAAUUUAAAAAUAUUUACAAGUGGGAAUCAAACAAUGGACAGUGGAGAAAGGGGAUACAAGUUUAUGAUUUCUUGAAAUAUCCGAAGACACUAUUUUUACUUAGGAAACAAAUAUAAAAUUAAUGAAACUAAAACUAUUAAUGUUGUCCCAAUGGCACGAGUUGUAAAGUCACCUUCAAUCUUAAAAAUUGGUGGAUUUACAUUUUUGUUAUAAUUUAAAACUCCUGCACGUACUCUGCAGUGAUUGUUUAUUAUACGUUAAAUCAAUAUAUUGAGCCAUGAGAGUGAAUGCUGAAAACACACGAUCAAUUUUUAUUUGCUUAGAAACCUCACUAACAGACUUUUACGGCCAAUAACAAGUGCUGUCUGGAUGCCUCACGUGUCUUCCGAACCACGCCUCAAAGUAUAUAAAUUCUCUCUUAGGUGCUAAUUGAUAUCUUGCCUAAAUGUAGGCUAGGCACAUGAACACAAAUUUGCGGAUGGGAUGGCUUACGUACUAGCCUUCCACCAAAAUGAUACGGGUUCGAAUCCAUUGUCAGACAAUUUCUUAUGGAACUUUUCUAGCAAUUAUAUCGCAUUGGUAACGUCCUAAAGUUCACUGAAGUUUCAUACGAUUAAUUUGAGUGAAUAUGUCUAGCCUACAUUUAGGCGAGAUAUCAAUUAGUACAUAACUCAGAGAGAAUUUGCAGGGGUGGUUGGGAAGUCACGUUUAGUCGGUGGUCCAGACUAUACUUGUUAUUCUAUGUGAUGUCUCUAGACGGACAGAUAUGCAGAGAAGUAGGUUUGAGGGACUAUCUGUUUUCGAGAGUUUCCAUAGACAUUGAUUUAAACUAUCCAUAAAUUUUUGAAAAAUAAAAUCGUUAAAACAAUGGACUUAACAUCGUCUGAAGAAGAAUAUCAAAACCGAGCGCUCGACAUCGCAAAUUUGAUUGCCAAAUGGUCGACUUUUGUCAAUAUUUCGGUGUCCGAUAAAAUACCAUUUUUAUUUCUCUUCGAUAACCCUUUGUUAACCCAUUUAAAUGUGUUUGAAGUUCAUCUAUCCGAUUUUUAAGAUUGAAAUUCUAUGAAGAAAAAGUUAGUUUUAGAAUUAGUCAUUUGAUGUAACGAUAUUUAAUAACAGAACACAUAACAAAAUCAAUAGGAGGUGAACGCACAGUAAAUUUAGAUGAAUUAGAAACAAACAACAACAACAAAACUCGUUCGUGGCAACAAUAUGCACCAGUCCAAAUAACAAGAUAAAUAACUUAAGUCUAAGACAAAUUUCCCAUUAAUUAUGCGGUGUGCUACUCAUUAGGAUAUCUAUCGAUGAAUUGAAUGGGAUUUUGUUUUUGGAGUCACUUAUGUAAAAUUGGUACCACAGUGCGACAAUGAUACACUUUUCAAUGUCAACAAUUUAAGCACUAAAAUGUGAAUUUAUGUCGACAUUUUAAGGACUCCUGUCCAAUCAAGUCGUAGUGACUCUUUACGUCGAACAGACAAGUUAAGCUCGUGGAACCACUCUGUGUCACAUACGGUUAUUCAUCUGUUAUCGAUAACGACGACAAAGGUAAUGACAAGCUCGGGGUAAUGUGGUCCUUUAUAUAGUAAAAUGGAUGUUAAAAAAAUUGAAGUACAAGAUUUGGAAAAAUACUUUAACCGAUGGAAGUAAUAGACCCGAUAAUAAUACUGAUCAUAUGCUCGUCGUCUGUAGCAGGUCAAUAGGUUAAUAUGGCUGGGACCAUACUUUUAGUUUGUUUUUGUUUAUAAAAGACUGUUCUACACUGGAUCUUGGCUCAGCGCAUACGAAGUCUGAGUCUUAAUAUUAGACUAUUCAUAUUUCUGACACAGAUUCAGAGUAGUUUAACACCUCCAAAUAAUUCAUGGGAGAUUUGUCGUCGUCGGCUAUGCACCGUGUUGUCCUUUUAUUUUAUUUUUUCCAUGAGCGCACAGAACAUUCAACGAUCAAAACGAUUGUGUAUUUUGCCGGAUCGAGAUUGAAACCAUUUUGUAUAGAAAGUUUGCUUAACUUUGUUGCUAAUUUAUUUGUCUUUUAUAGUCGCGAAAACAUUUGUGUUCUCCGUCAAUAUUUUUUGUUGAGAUUUUUUUUUAAUGUGAAAUGAAAGAACUGUUAUAACUUAUCUAAA